AUGUAUGUCGGUCUCUUGGCAUUGCCACAACAGUUGAUAAAGGUUUCUCAGAUCAUGAAAUUUGCCUUUGGAGUAGUAAUGGGGCUACUGACUGGUGGUGUCGUUUUUCUGGGGACUGACUGUAGGGAGAAGCAAUCGAGCAAGGGGCUCCUAUUCGGAGCAUUUGAGAACGUUUCUGUAGAAGUCAUAACUUCCCUGAUCACUUCAAAUGCACUCUUCGGAGAACGAACAAGCACAACAAUCAGGUCCGUUAUCCUCAUGCUUCCCACAGACUUCAUUAUUCCGUUAUCGAUGUUCCUCAGCCACUAUGUAUCCUUCAAAGGGUCCUUUACGGCUUGGACUGUGAAUAUCUUCAUUGGGGUGUUCUAUUCCUUGGCAAUUCUUGCCGUUUGGCGUAUCUGGGAGGCAAAGGCGUUCUGUAUAGACUUUUGA